CCGUCGGUGGGUCGAUCGAGGCCGAUCAUUAGUCUUUCGGCUUUCCGAGCAUCCAGAAGAACAACGCAAUGGAAGCAUCUCAAAAACGACUGGUUCUUUACUACGACGAGGUAAGCCCUCCGGUGCGCAGUGUCCUGCUGACGAUAGCCGCGUUGGACCUAAAGGAUCGGAUCGAGCAUGAGCACGUGAACCUUUUCGCCGGUGACCAUUUGAAGAGUGAGUUCGUCAAGAUCAAUCCAUUGCACACGGUUCCGGUCCUGUGCCAUGGUGACGAACUAACAAUUACCGAUAGUCACGCAAUAAUGAUGUAUCUAUGCGAGAUGUUCGCCGCCGAAGGAGACGAUCUGGCCGUGUCCGAUCCGGUGCAGAGGGCGAAAGUGUUCAACCGGCUGUGUUUCAACAAUGGUUUCCUGUUUCAACGUGACGCAGAAGUGAUGCGCAAAAUCUUUCGUGGACAAAUUUCGCACGUUUGCUCGAGCCACACGGACCCGAUCGCCGAGAUGAUCGACGUGCUCGAGCAAUAUCUGCAGCGCACAAAGUACGUUGCCGAGGAUCAUCUUACGGUGGCCGAUUUCUCUGUCGUGGCCACCGUUAGCACACUGAAUCUCAUCUUGCCCAUCGAUGGUGACCGUUGGCCACGGGUUCACGGGUGGCUCGAAACCAUGCGUACCCUGCCGUACUACGCCGAAGCCAACGGGGCCGGGCUGGAAAAGCUGCGCGCAAAACUGUGUACGAAAAUUGAUAUUUAGCUAGAAUGUGACAAACCCCCAAACGGUGACACAGUGAUAAUAAACGGAAAUGGCUCACAAUUUCAUGUUCAGUUAGUGUUUUUUAAUUACUUCAUUGUGCAUAACAUAAACGCUCCGGUACGCGUUGUGAGUAAG